GUGGAGUACAUGAACUUAUCUGUAUUAGGAAAGAAUCUGGAAUCUGAGUGCAUGCUGAUCUCCCAUUGACUUCUGUUCUAUUACUGUACCCCAUCAGAGAGAUGUGAGGAGUUGGUUGAAAUUCAAAUCGGGAACAUAUCCAAAGACCACAACAUCCUUUGACACCAACAACUGUCUAUGCUUCCUUAGAAGGAGCCACCUGACAACUGGGUGGUUCAACAAGGUGGCCCCAGGAAAGUAUCUCCAGAGGCAGUUGGAUUUUUGUCAGCUGUUGGGGUGUUUAUUAUCUUGAUGCUGCUCCUUUUUCUCUAUAUUAAUAAGAAGUUCUGUUUUGAAAAUGUUGGCGGGUUUCCAGAUCUUGGUUCAGAGUACAGUACAAGGAAGAAUUCACAAGAUAAAAUUUAUAAUUCCUACAUGGACAAAGAUGAGCAUGGCUCAUCCUCUGAAAGUGAAGAUGAAGCACUGGGGAAAUAUCAUGAGGCCUUAUCCAGAACACACAAUUCCAGACUACCCUUGGCAGAUUCUAGACAAAAGAACUACGCUUGGGAAACAAGACAGAAGUACAGUCCUCUGUCUGCAGAGUAUGAUGGAUACAGUAGUGAAGCAUCCAUAGAUGAAGGAAACUGCAUUCAGAGAAUGAGAAGAACGCCCCCACUGGAUGAACUGCAGCCACCACCCUAUCAAGAUGACAGUGGCUCUCCCCAUCUUUCCUGUACACCCUCAGAAAUUGGGGAUGGUAAAUGUGAAUAUUCCCACUGCAGCAACAGUCCAAGAUGUUCGUAUAACAAGUGCCCAAGUGAAGGAAGCGCAGGUCAUGAAAUAGGAAGUUUUCAUAAUAAAGGAUAUGAAGAAGAUGUCCCAAGUGAUAGCACUGCAGUCCUGAGCCCUGAAGAUAUGUCAGCUCAAGGAUCAUCUUCACAGCUUCCUAAACCUUUUGAUCCUGAGCCAGAAGCUAAAUAUGGUACACUGGAUGUGACUUUUGACUAUGACUCACAAGAACAGAAGCUUCUGGUAACAGUGACAGCUGUCACAGACAUCCCAACUUAUAACAGGACAGGUGGCAACUCAUGGCAAGUACACCUUGUUCUUCUACCUAUAAAGAAACAGAGAGCAAAAACCAGCAUCCAGAGAGGACCAUGCCCUGUCUUCACAGAAACAUUUAAAUUUAAUCAUGUUGAAUCUGAGAUGAUUGGAAAUUAUGCAGUUCGGUUUAGACUGUAUGGUGUACAUCGCAUGAAAAAAGAAAAGAUUGUGGGGGAAAAGAUUUUUUAUUUAACAAAAUUGAAUCUUCAAGGGAAAAUGUCAUUGCCUGUGAUAUUGGAACCUUCUUACAAUCAUUCUGGCUGUGAAUCCCAAAUGAGCGUGUCAGAAAUGUCCUGCAGUGAAAGUACAUCCUCAUGUCAGUCUCUUGAACACGGUUCAGUCCCAGAAAUCCUCAUUGGCCUGCUUUAUAAUGCCACAACUGGAAGACUCUCAGCAGAAGUGAUAAAAGGCAGCCACUUCAAAAACUUGGCAGCAAACAGACCACCGAAUACAUAUGUUAAGUUAACUCUACUGAAUUCCAUGGGGCAAGAGAUGUCCAAAUGCAAGACAUCCAUCCGCAGAGGGCAGCCAAAUCCAGUAUACAAGGAAACUUUUGUUUUUCAAGUGGCCCUAUUUCAACUUUCUGAUGUGACACUGAUACUGUCUGUGUAUAACAAACGCAGCAUGAAAAGGAAAGAGAUGAUAGGCUGGAUUUCUUUAGGUUUGAACAGCUCUGGAGAAGAAGAACUCAAUCACUGGACUGAAAUGAAAGAGUCCAAAGGACAGCAAGUAUGUAGAUGGCAUGCCUUACUAGAGUCGUGAUGAAUAGGGUAAGGAGAGAUUAUGACCCAAGGCUGCGUAUUUCAGAUCGCAGCAUUACGAUUUUUACCCAGUCACCGAUGGAAGAGCUUUUCUUUGAAGAAUCAUAUUCAGCAUUCUACCAAAAUGCUCUGAAUUUUGUGGAAAGAACAUCUAACACUGGCAUAAAUGAAGAAAAGGUGUGUCUCUGGUAGAGCUUGUCUGGGAAACCAAGAAACUUGCAUCGUCAUUGUUAAACUAACAAUCUUCCAGAGAUUCAGUAACAUGUUUUUGAUUUGAAUUUAAUUUUGAUUUAGCAAAAGAACCAGUAAUUUCAUAAAAAAUCAAAAUCAUAAAUGAUUUUAAGAAUCAGAAGUUUAGUUACAACACUAUUUUAGUAUCACCCUACAUAUUAUUUAUAAAACAUUCUGACUGACCAGCCUGGUGUUUGUAAUGUUCCUUAAUAUGAAAAAGUAGUUCUCUCAUGACCUGAUCUUAGUUCUCCAAAUCACAGGUAGUAGUAAAGAGUUUCACCAGAUUGGAAAUUGUUUUAUUUCAAAUAUGGUCCCUUCGUGCACUUAGUUUCAUUGUGCCUCAGUUCUCAAUAGUUACUAAAUCUAAGUGCAAACAAGUAUUCAUUUUCAUACAGGAAUUUUAAAAAUAUGUUAUUUUUUAAAAUGUUCAUUUCUUCAUUUGCCUCUGCUUUUGCCUGAUCCAAAGAGACCAGGUCACUGUCCUGGUCCCUUGCAAGUCUUUUAGACAGGUUGUACUGUAGAACUAUGUAACUUUCUGUUGAAAGCACUUCCUGUAUUCUUGUAUUCCAAUGUAGGAAGCCAAUAGAGCAGGACUUUACUUUAAAAUUUCUUUCAGUGAUUGACUCCUUAAAGUUGCAGUAAUGUGAGAGUACAUUUUUUACAAACUGAGAAUACAAUAGAGUAAGCUGUUGAAAAUUGAAAACAAUUCCAGUUUAAAAAAAUUUUAACUGUCUGCUCUGAAUAUUUAGUAACGAACACUGCAUCAAGCAAAUAGCAUUCAGAAACAGAAGCUGUUCUCUCUCUAAAUCUUCACUCUUCCUUCAGUUUAUAUUUGUGAUAUAAAGACUAUCCAGUGCUCAGUUUGAAUCAGAGCAUCAUGUUAAAACCAGUUCUGAGACUCCUUAUGACGUUUCUAGUGACUUGUGAUUAGAUUUUAUGAAAUUUACAAAUAACGUUCUUCAACGUGAUGUCAUCUUGUGCCUUUCAUGUAAGUUAAAUUUGCUCAUACAGCUUAAAAGUUGUAUUUGCAAAAUUAGGCCUUCGAUUUUUAUAAAUGUAAAGAUUCCUCAGAACAGUGUCACAAGAUCUUUAUUUCCUCUGAAGUAUGUAAAAGUUGUAUAACGUACUAAUUUUUUAAAAUGGCAAGGCACUUUCAUUUCUUGUUUUUAUAUUUAGGAACUCUAAUCAGGAAUAUUAUAAGCUGUUUUCUUUAUAGUUUUGCUUCUUACCUAAUAUAUAAUUUUAUGCACAAUACUUUAUUAAAUAGAGUAUGUUUUGUAUAUAGGAAAAAUAUUUUUUUUCUUUCUAUAAAACAUAACUAUUUACCAGUUACCAAAAUGCAGUAUAUCAUUGUUCCUAGUCCCAACUAAGUACUAUAUAUUAUUGUAAGCUAGAGUUUGUUAUUACCAUAAUAACAAAACCACAUAGAUACUCUUACUUCAGCUUGGCUGUAGUGACAGGCCUUAAAAGAAAUCCAAAAAGACAGUGGACUUCUAUAUUUUUUAGUUUAAAAGAUGGCAGCUCUAUGCAUUCAUAUACACGAAUUAUAAGAAAAAAUACAAAUGCCAUGUUGGGUGACUGAAGUUUGAGGAUGUACGUUGAGAGUUGCAUUAAAGGAAAAAUCCAUCUUUUUAUUGUUACAUCAAUAAGCUUAUUCUAGGUUUUCUUUUAAAUAAAUGAUUAGAUUAUAGAGUUAGAACAUGAAUGGAGUGGCAAAAUAUUUCAUUUAAGUGUUUUCAACAACAGUAUCAAAAAAGAUUGGAAGGAAGAAUGUAGUUUUUCUGAGAAAUUGGACUUAGGUUAUUUGACACUAUGAUUUAUCUUUUUUUAGCUUUGAAACAACUGACUACAUUGCUAACAACCAGUAUCUUCUUAAUAAAAAGAGUUAUCAGUCUUAUUUGUAGCUGUAACAGAGCAUAAUCACAUUAAUAAGACCAGCUUGGUGCUUUCACCUUUAGUAAGAAAAAGACCUAACUAACUGUUAUUUGUUAAACCUACCUUUUUUCGGACUAUGCCCAGAGUUGUACAUGUGACUUGAUAUAUCCUUACAGGUUUAUUGGUGUAAGUAGCAGAUUCUUCAUGUCCUAAAAAUGAAUUGGUUUCUAAAAAUUUCAGGAAAGACCCUACCUCCACCCUAGCUGCCAAGUCCUCAAAGAUGAUAUCAUCCAUCUGUAUGGGUGUGUAUGUCUGUAUAAACACACACACAGCAUAUACAUGUAUAUGUUUAUGUGUAUAUUUAUUUGUAAAGGUGAAGAUGUCCUGGCGUUUUCAGAUAACUGAAUAGAAAAAUAUUUCUCAAGUUGAUGCAUUAUUUUUCUCCUUUAUAUAUUUACUAGAUAUUCUGUUUGGGUUUGGGUGCUAUCUGCUGCCAUUCUCCACACAUAGCCGAAUAUUCAUCUUUUUUCCAGCAGAUUGACACAGCUUACAGUAAUUACUCCCCCCAAAUUAUCCAUUACUUUAGAAAAGGAUUAAAUAGGGCUCAAGAGACCCACUUCACUCUGUAGAAUCUAGUGUACAAGAAGACAAUACUACUGUUUUCUUGGUGUGCUUGAAUUUGCAUGAAAGCUUAAAGGCAAAAUCCUUACAUCUCAGUAAUUAAAGCAAAUAGGGGCCCACUGGUGGGCAGCAGGUGUUGGCUCAGAAACUUGGGAAAGACAGCCCACAUUCUUAGUAUUGUUCUGUUAAAAUUCCCUACAUUUUAUAAUAAAAUGAGAUAGUCCAAAUGUGACAAUUAACUGGCUUUUAUGGGAGCCUAUGAGUCUAGAAUUACAGGAUUUUUAUUUAUCUCCCAAACGAGCUGUAGGGUAUACUUAUUACUGCCCAGGAAACAAAACGUAUAUCAUGUAAGUAAAGAAUUCACUUAGUAUAAUAUCAUCUUAUCCUUCAGGAGCUUUCUUCUAAUCUUGUGUCUUUAGUACUAACCAUAUUUUGUUUGAAAUAUAUUUGUAUUUCAUCUUACUAAGCAUUGAAUGAAUCCUCAAUAAUAUUGUAUUUGAUGACAAAAAUAAUAAAUUGGACCAUAA